AUGGAGGACGUCCAUCUUAGCACAGACACCUCGGACGGCAUUCUUGCGUGGAUCGCGAUCGGCGUCGAUAGCAAGAGAGAUGACAGCCUUCUGCCCACCGACCAGACUGAAGAUGACGGCGAGGUCAAGGACUACUUCGGUAUGGAUAUGGUGGAAUGGGCGACCCUGGCUAUGGGUCCUCUUAAUCCAGUGCUGCGAGUGUCACUUCGUCGAUAUAUUGCACGGAUAGGAGGCUGUCAACAAAUAUGA